AUGCUUAUGCCCGAGGUUUAUAUCUUUGACACAACCGACAACAAUGAGAUAAUCACACCUUCCAUUUGCAUGAGUUUCAUCCCAGGAGAGACUGUGUCGCAUGUCUGGCUCGACGAGACAUCUAGAGAAAGUCUCCGCCUCAGCAUAUUGACCAGAUUGGUUCCGAUGGGAGCAGAAGACGGCACCAACUUUCUUGGCUUGGUAUUCGAUUGGGACGAGCAGGAAGACGGAAGUGGGAGAGUCAACGCAACUCGAGCAUAUUUUUCUACUACCGAGUAUCUGGCGUGUUGCAUGGACUUUGGGACUCACAAGGAUUCGUGGAGUCGAGCUGCCAGAAAGAUGACCGAAGCGCUUAUACAAAAACCUUGA